CAUCUGCAAGAAAACCAGCUGAGAAAGAUCUCUGCAUUUGGGUAAGUUUCUGUUGAAUUAACUGUAUCGGCAUGCAUGUAACCUGAUUCUAUUUGCCUCAAGUUCGCCAGCCUACUGCACUGCAAAAAAUCAAUUUCUUAUUUUAAGAAAAUAAUUAUUUUUUUAACAAAAAAUGUUUUUGCCAGUGGAUUAUAAUAUGUUCAUAGAAACCUUUGGAUACAAACUCAUUUUUUUCUUAUUUGCUGAAUGUGGCGGAAUUUUGAGGUUGGCACUGCUAAAUAACGCAACCGUGUGUGUCUAUAGGUCUGGCGGUGACAACAACGGGCAAGAGAUUUUGCGUAAAACUAAAGGCUUUGAUGUUGGCAUGCCCAACUGCUAUUGUAGCGACAACUUAGUCUUAGAGAUAAAGCUUUCAGGGUGGCGCUGCUACUGCAGCAGCUAGUGCAGGGGCAAAAAUGAGAGAUUUUGCAUAUUAACAACUUUGAGGUUGGCAUUGCCAUUGCAGUGUCAACUAUAUAUAUAGUUAAACGGGGAUUUCCGUGAACACUUUGAGGGUGGUGCACCUAUAGCAGCGACAAAACAACCUUUUUUAAGAAAUGGAAUAAAGCGAACAUUUUUUAUCUAAAACAGCAACAUACGGAAUUUUCUCAGUCAAAAAAUGGCUCAAAGAUCGCCUUUUUAGCAUUAAAAAUAAUGGCGUUUCGCAUUUGUUGACAAUCUUUGAAGUAUUGGCAAAAUUUCGCAGGUUUUUGUCUAAAUAGAAUAUUUCACUUUGCUCCAGAACGUGUUUAUGCGUCACCAUACGCUUCCGUUCAUUACAUUCCGUCCAUUAUCGAAAACCAGACAGGAAUUACAGUAAACGGCUACAUCACUCAGUUGCUGGUUUUCAAACCGCUUGACAAAUCUCGAGUGUCAUGACAAACAAAACAAUUUCGUCUCAGCUGCACAAGAACACACUGUUUAGUGCUUUAAUACCGUACAUAUAAGUGUCGAAAAAAUGUUGCGUUGUUAAUGAAAGUUUCAAAUUUCGUGAUUAAAUUUCAUCUCUGCAGCCUCAGUUUGUUCUUCUUUUGUUAUUUUGUUAUUUGAUAUAUACCGUAAACCUCCGACUAUAAGCCCUCCCGAUUAUAAGCCUCCCCCCCCGUGUAUAAGCCCAUCACAUGUACUAACGCUCACCUCAUUCCAAAUAUAAGCCCCCCCCCGAAUAUAAGCCCACCCGAAUCGGAGCACCCGAAUAUAUAAGCCCCUAGAAUAAAGCCCUUGUAUAAGCCCAUCAAAAAUCGCUUACGAAAGUAUAUAAGCCUCUGAGCCCAGGGCUUAUCAUGGGCGUACCGGGCGGGCGGGGGGGGGGCGGAGGGGGCGGCAAACAAAUCCAGUCGGGCAAUAUUCGCUUCACAGUCGGGCAAUAUUGGCUUAAUAUAAAAAUAAAUGGGACAAAUUCUGUCAAUUUUGUGGAAAAUUCUGUCAAUUUUGUGGGAAAUAUGCUAUCUAAUAGGAAUUUUUCGUAAUCACUCAUCUUCCCCCCCCCCCCGCGUCGACAACAAUUUGGGAAGUUUCUCCGGAAAUUUUUUUUUGACAACUCGGGCACAAUCCAAAAAAGUCUGGCAAAUUUCUUUCCGCCCCCUAAUUUUUUGGAGGUUUACGUUAUUUGUUUACUUCAAACCGUGUAUUUUAUGCCGAUUAAUUCUUUAAUUCCUUUACAGCUCAAGAAAUUAAAAGAAUGAAGAUCACUGCAAUUUGUAUACUCAUUGUAGUGUUUUGCGUCGGCAUUGGUAACUCUCUGCAGAAGGAAAACUUUAAUGAUGUCGACGUCGGCCAAAAAUUCCUAAGAGAACGGCGUACUGGUAUAUCAUCUUCAACUUUUUAACAUAACAACCAGUGUAUACUUAUUAUAUAUCCUGUAGUACUUUGUAAUAAUGUUGUAGCAUAAACGUCAAAACGUUAGAAUAAAUCGUGUUUAUAUUUUUCUAUUCCUGUGUUGAUAGUUAUUAUUUGCUUGUGUGAUGGGCAUUAUAUUCAUAGUAAUAACAGUACUUAUUACUUAUAUUUUAUACUAAUGGACAGACCAUUAGAAAAGUGAUGGGGGGGGGGGUCUAUUUUCAACAUGCACAAUUUUUCAAAAUUUUUUGCUGGGGGGGGAGGAAGGUGAAAAAUUUUACUCACACCAUUACGUAUAUAUAAAAAAGUUCAAAAUUAUUUUUCUUUUACUUUCCUUACACUGUACCUCUGAUAGGCCCUGUCAACUUAUAAUUUUCCAUAUUGAAAAGUCUCUGCACGAAUUUUUUUAUUCAAACAUUUCUGGUGCACCAAUUUUUUUUUCUGUUUCCCUUGCUCGAUUUUUAUUUUUGCUUUUGCCCCCCCCCCCCAUCACUUUUCUAAUGGUCCGCCCCUAAUUGUUAUUUGCGUGACACAUCAAUGAUUAAUUUUUCGAAAUAUUAAAUUUUAUAGUUGGUCAACGCGUUUUGGCACGUUGGACAAAUAAUCUGUACUACAAGGGUAGAGUGAGUGCCGUUUCUCACGUGAUUGAUGUUGACUUUGACGACGGUGACAAGAGGAGUUAUCACCGAAACGAUAAUUCCGCCAUCAUUGCUGAUACCAUUCCUAAAAAUGUGAAAUACCAAGACCACGUGAUUGCUUCAUGGAAAGGGGGAGCGAAGCAUUACAUCGGAUUUGUCAUAAAAGUAGACCAGGCACUUGGGUAUAGAGUUCGUUUUGAUGAUAAUGACGAAGGCUGGUAUUCAAAAAGUAGUCUCCGAAAAUUUCCUCAUGUGCCCUCGCCACAUGCACGUAAGCUAAUAUAGUUCAAUUAACUGAUUCGGUUAGAGGGUAUUGCAUAAGAAAUUUAGCGGUAAUUGUCGGUGUAUAGUUGCCAAAAUUUAUUUUAUUUUUUUUUCAAAAUUUGUCAUGAUUAGGAUUUCGGGCUAUUUUUUAAUAGAGAAUGGAUAUUUUCAUGUAAAAUUUGUAUUUAAAUUCGUAAAUUAAACAUUCAAGAAAAUAGCUAUUCGCGUCCAUUUUUUCAGAGCUAACUUUUGUGCAUGCCAACUAUCGCAUGAAACACUCCAAAAAUCUGAAAGAAAUUAAUUUUCCCGGGUUCUAUUUAUUUAUUCGUUGAUUAAUUGUUGCUAUUUUACCUUUAUUUUAGUCGGUUCUAGAGUUCUUGCACGCUGGACGAAUAAAUUGUAUUACCGUGGCUUUGUUACCAAGGUUCAUUCUUCGUCCGUAUUCAUUAAUUAUGACGAUGGUGAUACAAUCACAUUGUCCAAGAGUGAUGCAUCUGCUGUUAUCGCUGAUAACUUACCAGCAUGCGAUGACGUAAAACUUGGUCAACGUGUGAUUGGCUACUGGCCAGGAAGAAAAAGAUAUUACAGUGGCACUGUCUCUGCUCUCAGUUCUAAGUAUUUUGUUAAGUUUGAUGACGGGGACGAACGAUGGAAUGCAGCAUAUGAAGUACGCAUCUAUUGAAUGCGAAGAGACAAGCAUUUUCACUAUAGUCAAUCUUGUGUGAAAUAGGAUAGUUUGUUUUAAAUAAAACGUGCUUAAGUUUC